CUCGUGAGAGUUUAGAAGCAUCAUGGAGGAGGAACUUGAAAGUACCAGCUCUCAGGUGGUGUUUGUGAGCAGCGAGGAGCCAAAGAGUACAGAGGAACAGCAACAGGUUGCUGGCAUCUCCAAGACUCAAAGGCAUCACAAUGUCAGAAAUGGACACAAGUGUCCCAUAUGUGCACAUGUAUAUGCUGAUAUUGUUCAGCACCUAAGAGUCACAGAGAAGGUGGUAAAUGAAACUGAGCUGCUUCUUUUGAGCCAAUUUUCUCAUCGGCACUUUUCUGCAAAUCUGGACUGUCCAGUCCGCUUAUGUCAGUCAAAACAUCUUAAUCGGCUUGAUAAGCACCUGGAAAAGGUCCACAAAUUACAGAAACCUGUGAUUAAACUUUACAUGCAAAAGGCCAAGGACAGACACGUUGCUAAAGAACUGGCACUUCUGAGGGCAUCAAAUCCCACACCGCAAAUGGUCUCACAUGUUGAUGAAGUGGAUGAUGCAGUAAUUGAGGAGGCCAUCUUUAGGGCACUGGAGGAAGGGUCAAAGGUUGCUUCUCCUAUAGUCUCUUCCAGCAAGGCUCCCAGUGACCAUGCUACACCGAUCCACCGGCCUGCUCCUCCCUCUGACAGGGAGGCUCCCAGUGACUCUACCAGACCAAACCUACAGCCUCCUCUCUCUGCCAGUGCCACUCUCAGUGACCACACCAUCCCAAUUAUGCAGCCUCCUUCUAUCUCCACCAGCAAGAUUACUUGUGAUUCAACAGUGGUAUCCCCUGAUGUGUUAAUCCCAAGCAGUGCACCUUACUAUGCAGUACAGCAGUGGAGGGGACGUCCUCUCCUGAGGACACCUGCUCCUGGUUGCAAAAACUGUCAGAUACUGUUCACUGAGCUACAGGUGGUGAAGCAGUUGCUAGAGUGUGAAAUUGAAAGGAAUCAUGAGCUCAAGCAGAUACAUUCUUCAGCCAAGCAUCCAAAUGUUAAAAAUAGCAGACGUAAACGUUUUUCACCCAGCAAAAUCCCUCACUAUGUAAGACUUGUGGAGGAAUUUAGGGCCCAUGCAGAAGGUGUGAACCCUAGCAGAAAUCUACGUGAAAAUGCAAGGCAGCGAGCCACUCAUGUCAUCCAUUUUCUGGAAUUCAUGGCAGACCCAGCAAUUCCAAACGUUGACCUUCUGUUUCUGAGGAACCAUGGAAAAGUCCGUGAUUUUCUAGCACACCUGCAAGCAAAAGGGUUUAAACCAACAACUCAGAGAGCUUAUCUGAUGGAUGCUGUUGCUUUCACGAAAUAUAUAUUAAACAUGUCACCACCACAAGUCAGACUUGGAAUUAAAAGGAUCAACGCCCUUUUGGUCGAACUGAGGGCACGUAACAGAGAUGUUGGCCGUGAAGUAGUCGUGUACCAGCUGAAUGUGCGGAGAUCUAAGUCUAACAGACUUAUCCAAGCAGAAAAACAUGCUUUGUUCAUUGAAGAGGCUCCCCAGAAGAUUGCUGCCGCACUGGAUUACCUCGAGAAGCAACCCCAGAACAGAUCAAUAGUAAAAUUGUUUUUUGGACUGUUGGGUGGAUACCUCAUUGCCAUAACUGGCCACCGAAAGGGAGUGGUCAUCAACAUGACUACUGAGGAGGUUGAAAUGGCAGAAAAAACUAAGCAGGGUGCCCGCAUCAUCCGUAUUAAACAGCACAAGACUCAAAGAUACCAUGGGCAAGCAGCUGUCCCCCUGUACAAGAAUGAGUAUACCUGGUUGCAGCGUUACAAUCAUAUUAGAGAGUAUAUUGAAGGGGGUUCGGAGGCACCGACUUUUUUCCACAGUUCCAGUGGAGGUGUUCUUCAUAGACUACCGGUAUUUUUCAAGGCAGCCUGGGAGAUGAUGAAUCUGGGGAUUGCCCCCACCUUCAACAUGAUACGUUCCUCCUGUAGCACUUACGCCAAGCGACAGUUGGGACGUAAAUCUUACUACAGAGUGGCAACGUUUAUGUGCCAUGAUGCCGUCACAGCCAAAAGAUUUUACCAAGCUGAGGAACCUGCAGAGGACACACUCCAGAGCCGAGCACUGACAACAAAUGCAAUUGCAACAUAUGCAGCAAAUAAAAGGAAAAGGAGAGCGGACAGAGGGUCUAUGCAGGACAAGGACAGUCAUGGAUGUGACAAGGAAGAGCAGCAGUCAUCAGUAACAGAGGAGCUUUUAGACAGAAGGCUCUUCCAGUGUAGCAGUAACAAGAUGGUGAGCCCAGGUCAGGGUGAGGGUGCCGGUAGUGCUGGAGCCACAAUAAGAGAAACUAAACGGGAUUUGAAAGAGGAGGUGGAGCAGCUACAAAAUAUGACAUGCCAGUUGCGCAAGAGAAAAAUGGUCAUCUUUUACAAAAAUGAUAGGACAGGUGUGAGGAAACUCACACAAGAAGACAAUCCAGAAGAGGACGAGGAGGAGGAUGAAGCGAGAGAAUGGGUUCCUAAGCAGUCUGUGAGCUCAUCUGAAGAUGAUGGGACAGAUGACUGGAAACCCACACAGGAAGAAUCUGAAGGCUAUUCAGAAGAGGAGGAAGAACAAAAACGGAAAAGGGUUCCUAAGGACAGGGAAACGGCGAUGAGCUCAUUACCAGUACAACACCAAAUUCCAGUUGUUACUCUGAAUUCAGUCACUCUCAAGAUGGACAAGGUCACAGUGGAGGUCCCUCCUGGUAUGCAGCAGGCCUAUGUAAGCCAAGACACAGCAAGGACUGUGAAUAAGAGUUCAGAAAAAAGUGUGAUUCACCAAACCAGUUGCCUGAAGAGGCUCACUUUUCAUCAGUCAACUCUCUUUGAAGACCCCAUACCAAGAUCUGGUAACAACAAGAAAGACCAAAGUGGAAUCCCAUCUGCACCAAUAAUCACCUCAGAACAAGUGAAAGAGAAAGAGGUGCAAGAAGAGCCUCUGGAGAAGAUAAAGAGUGGAGCCAAAGGAGAAAAGAGAAAAGAAAAGUUACAAAAGGAGCCUCUGGAGAAGAGGAGGAGUGAAAGGAAAGGAAGGAAGAGAAAGGAAAAAGUACAGCUUGAGCCCCUGGAGAAGAUGGGGAGCAAAAGGCAAAGGAGGGAAGAAAAGAUACAAGCAGAGCCUCUGAAGAAGAUGAAGAGUGAAGCCAAAGGAGGAAAGAGAAAAGAAAAGGUACAGCAGGAGCCUCUGGAGAAGCUGAGGAGCAAAAGGCAAAGGAGGGAAGAAAAGAUACAGGCAGAGCCUCUGGAGAAGAUGAGGAGUGAAGGGGGGAAAAGGACUCUGAAAAUAAGGUGCAAUUUAUUCCAUUGCUCCCAGUAAGCCCAAGAAAUGCCUUAUUUGAGGGCUUUUGCAUUGUAUUUGUUUUUGAAGAUCCCCCUUUUUUAUUACAUAAAAGAGUUGUUAAUUAAAAGUGAUCGUCUAAU